AUGGACUCCAUUCAAGAAUCCGAGGUACUUAAUGCUGUAAAAACAAAAUUACCACCAUGUUGCUUGAGAAUAUUCAAGAAUAAGGUAAUUCUAGUGGGAACGUAUGACUUGGAUAAGUCCACAGGAUACAGAUCAGGAUCACUGGAUGCCUUCACAAUGGAUCUUAAACCUUUGUGCUCCUACAAUACAUAUGGAGCCAUUUUAGAUUUAAAACUAUCUCCCUUCGAUGAUACAUUAAUAUGCACAGCCCACUCAACAGGUAAUAUUAUGCUAUGGAGGAUUGAUUGCUCAGAGGUGGGCGAGAGUGAAGUAGAGGAAAUUAAAAUAUCUGAAAUUGCAACUUUACAGCUAUUCGACAAGGAUGUUCUCAUAGCUUCAUGUCAUUUUUCUCCACUCGAUCCUAGGCUUUUAGUGGUGACGAAUACAGUCGGUGAAGCCGCUACCAUUGAUAUAAUAAGACUAACCGUAAAAUUUACAGCAUCAGCGGUUAAUCAAACGUACUCCAAGUUAGAUAAAAUAGAUUAUGAAGUUCAAGGUGCAACUCAAAAAGUCAUUCAAGUUGAACCAGAGCAAUUUCUAAAACCACAUGGUUUAGAGUGCUGGACGGCAGAGUUUGGUUGUCUACAACCUUUCCAAGAUAUAGUAUUCACAGGUGGUGAUGAUUCUACAAUCAUGGCUCACGAUUUACGUUCGAAAGAUUUCGUUUGGAGUAAUGGUCGCAUUCACGAAGCCGGUGUUGUCGGUAUCAAAUGUAGCCGAUCUAGCUUUCGAAACGAUAAACCAACUUCGAUAAUAACUGGAUCGUAUGACGAUACCAUUCGUUCACUAGAUUUAAGGAUGAUGGGAGAAUCUAUAUAUCCUGGUGAGAAUGUGCCGGUAGUACGUAAGUUGGAGUGUAACCUUGGCGGCGGUGUUUGGAGGUUCGCCGAGCAGCCUAUUGAUUUUAGUAGCUCUUUCCGUGAUGGACUUGACAGACUUUUGGUCUGCUGCAUGUAUGACGGUGCCAAAAUAGUGGCAUUAAACGAUAAUUCAGAUGAAUAUUUCCAAACUCAGCAUUACCUAAAGAAGGGACACGACUCAAUGUGUUAUGGUGGGGACUGGUCAAAAUCGUUGAUUGCAACAUGCUCAUUUUAUGAUAACUCUCUCCAAACAUGGACUGUUUAG